AUGGAUGACCAAGAUUAUGAGACUAGCAGGCUGGAGGGCACACACGACAAGGACAUAGUGGCUGUCAAGAGACAAACAAUCGAAUUUUAUAACGCCUUCACUUCCAAGAAUUUCGACGAGAUGCAAAGACUGUGGCUGCAAACUCCUUACAUCCAAUGCAUCCUGCCCGGCCUUCCCUUCCCUGUCAACGGAUAUGAAUCUAUUAUGGAGAUGUGGAAGACUGUUUUUGGCGCCUCGGAUGACGCGUUUUCUAGCACAGUGAUAAAGCCAAGCUCGAUGGUUGUGCAGAUACGAGGCAAGAUCGCACUGGUUUUCUGUAAUGAAGACGUCGUGAAUGGACGGUUUUCGAGACAAAUGCACGCUACGAAUAUUUACAGAAAGAUGGGGAAGGAAUGGCUGAUGGUGCACCACCACGUGUCGCCUUCAGCAGACUCCAUGCUCCGGACAGUCAGACAACCUCAAAGUGACUUCGAUGAAGCCCCACAGCAUCUUACAAAGGAAGAACAGCCAUUUGCCUCUCUGCAUACAGAUGAAGAGGAGUUGUAUACUUCAGAAGAGUCAGGUUAUGAAACCAGCACGAUGAUUCGAGAUAUACCAGCGAAACCAACCGAGUCUUCUUCUCAACAAGUCCCGACAGGAUUUCAUUGUUUGCAUCCGAGUGUGACGGAUGGAGCUAUACUAGCUGUGAAGGAGCUGUCUAACGCCGGUAGAUUGAGCAGCAAGGAUCGAACCCUUUUAUUUCAAGACAUUGUUUCACAUCAUAACAAGGGAAUGGAAGCUUCUAGGACAGAGAUUGCAUAUGAGCUCUUGGUUGCUCGCUUUCUGGGGUCGAAGAUGGUAGUCUCUACCUACAUGAAAGAGCUUCUUGAUGAUUUUUGCGAUCAGUGUAAAAUAAUAGCCAAAGAUCUCUCGGAAAAUGAUUGA